ACACUUGACACAUGGUAUCUUAAGUGAAUCGGGCGGGGUAGCCCUAACUUCAGGUUGCAGCGCUAUCCACAACAUUUAGAGUUGUUGAAAUAAGAAUCGUUGACCACGAACCAAUCUCAGUUAAGAUAUAAGUAUUUUGUGUCGUGUCAUUUUUUAUUUUAUUUUAUUUUAUUUAGCUCUAACGUGAAACCCAGUUCGAGGACAUGACAUGUAAGUUGCUUAGUUAGCUAGCACUAGCUAACUAACUUGUUUGACAACCCCUGGCUGUCAGUGGUGGUGCAUCAAGGGCUAAGUUAAUAUCACUGUGUUGUCGACCACCUUUCCGAAGAGACGGCUAAAAUCUCCAGAUUUUCUCUUCCGUCAUGGAACAAUUUGAUGAAGAGCGAGCUCCACUGCCGAGGAACAUGAUCGAGAACAGCCUGUUCGAGGAGGAACCGGACGUGGUGGACCUGGCCAAGGAGACGCCCUCGUCCUCCUACCCCCUGGACCCGGACGACGUGGUCUACGAGCCCCGCACCUCGCGCCUGCUUGUCCGUGGCCUGGGCGAGAACGAUGGCGAUGAGGACGAAGAGGACUACGAGUCUUCCGCUCGGCUGCUGGGCAUGUCCUUCAUGAACCGCAGCUCCAGCCAACGGGCUGCUGCUGCCUCGGUGUACACACGGCAGAACCCCUCCGGCGGCUUCUGCUCUGUGCCCUCAGCCAAGACCCUGGUGGCCGGGGUCUUCAUCCUGGUACUGAUCGCCUCCAUGGUCAUGGUCAUCUACUUCUUGCCCGGUUGCACGUUCACCAAAGAUGGAUGCAAGAAGCCCAACGUCACGCAGGAAGUCGUCUACCCGAUCUCCACCGAUGGGAAGCCGUUCCCCUGGGCUGACCUGAGAUUGCCCACCACGGUGGUCCCCGUGCAUUACGACAUCCUGCUGCAACCCAACCUGACCACCAUGACCUUCCAGGGGUCGGUCUCCAUCACCAUGACGCCUCAGCAGGACACCGACAAGCUUGUCCUGCACAGCUCUGACCUGAAAAUCAGCCGUGCAACUUUGCAGGGUGUCGAGGUGAAGCCUACAGAAUACAAGCCCUAUCAACAGAUUGCGAUUAAAGAUGUACAACUCAAGAAGGGACAGCAGUGUGUGCUCAAGCUGAACUAUACAGCAAAUCUUUCAAACAGCUACGACGGAUUCUACAACAGCUCCUACCUAGACACAACUGGCACCAGACGAGUUCUGGCUGCAACCCAAUUUGAGCCUUUAGCUGCCCGUAAGGCUUUCCCCUGCUUCGACGAGCCAGCCUUUAAAGCUACGUUUUCUGUGAAGAUAAAGAGAGAAGCCGGAUACAUAAGCUUAUCUAACAUGCCCAUGACCAAGACUACGCCACAGAAGGAUGGGCUCCUGCUGGAUGAGUUUGAAAAGAGUGUGACCAUGAGCACUUACUUAGUGGCCUUCAUCGUGGCCAACCUGAGCAGUGUGAGCCGCAACGUUAGUGGAACCGAGGUCUCAGUCUAUGCUGUACCAGACAAGAAGGAUCAAGUCAACUAUGCUCUGGACAGUGCUGCAAAGCUGCUUGAAUUCUACAAUGAAUUCUUUGACAUCCACUACCCCCUAAACAAAUUAGAUAUGGUGGCUAUCCCUGACUUCCUGGCGGGGGCCAUGGAGAACUGGGGACUCAUCACAUUUCGGGAAACAACACUGCUGGUGGGAAAUCACUCCUCGCCCCUGGACAGGCAGCUGGUGACCUCUGUUAUUGCACAUGAAAUCGCCCACCAGUGGUUUGGGAACCUUGUGACCAUGAAGUGGUGGAAUGACCUGUGGCUUAAUGAAGGCUUUGCCUCUUAUAUGCAGUACAUGUCCAUUGAGAAAUUGUUCCCUGAACUUGAUAUUGACAAUGAGUUCCUCAACGUUCGUUUCAGAGCUUUGGCAAAAGACUCUCUGAACUCGUCCCACCCUAUCUCUGCGGUGGUGAAAACUCCAGAGCAAGUGGAGGAAAUGUUCGACUCCGUGUCCUAUGAGAAGGGUGCCUCAAUAUUGCUCAUGGUCAAUUCCACACUGAAUGAAGGAGAAUUCCAGAAAGGAGUGACUGAGUAUCUUAAGAAGUUCAAAAGUCGUAAUACAGUCAAUGAAGACCUGUGGAACAGCCUUUCCUCGGUGAGCAAAACGUUCAAUGUGACGGAGAUGAUGAACACGUGGACUCUCCAGAAGGGCUUUCCUCUGGUCACUGUGAGCAGAAAGGGCUCUGAGGUCAAACUUACGCAGGAGCACUUCCUCCUUGAUGCUGGGAACUUCACUUCCAAGAACUUGUGGCACAUUCCACUGACAUAUGUCAAUGACAGCUGUAGCAAUGCCAGUGGCUGCAAGCAGGUGUUUGUCCUCAAGGAAAAAUCAGCCAAACUAGACAUCCCUUCUGAUGUUAACUGGUUGAAAUUCAACUUUAAAAACGAGGGCUUCUACAUUGUGGACUAUGGAGUGGAGGGCUGGAGAGCUCUCAUAGAAGCCCUGCAGAAUGACAUGAACGUCCUCACUCAUGAAGAUCGAGCUGCUCUUGUUAACAACGUAUUCAUGCUCUCAAGACUGGGCAAGGUGUCCUUCAGGCAGGUGUUGAACAUGAUGAACUACAUGACCAACGAGACGGAGACGGCUCCACUCACUGAAGCCCUGGGCCAGCUCAUGCACAUCCUCAGGAUGUUGGAGAAGAGGCAGGACCUCGACCUGGUUGGCAGGAUGAAGGCGUACAUCAUCAGUCAUUUCCAGGAUUUGAUGGACAGCCAGUCCUGGGGAGUGGAGAACUCGGUGGCCAAGCAAACCCUGCGUUCCACUCUGCUGGAGAUCUCCUGCAACUUCUACAAGGGAAACUGCACAGAACAAGCCAUGGCUCUCUUCAAGAAAUGGGUGGACUCCAAUAACACAGAACACAUCCCGGGGGACCUGAUGAGGGUGGUGUUCUCGGUGGCGGCACAGGCGGACGACGGCUGGAACACGCUGCUGGAGGCCUACAGGCACUCCAUCUACGACUCGGAGAAGCGCAAGAUGCUGGAGGCUCUUGCCAGCACGCACAACGUGUCCCGGAUUGCCUGGAUCCUCAAAGCUGGCCUUAGUGGAAGUGACAUUCAGAACCAGGAGCUCCCGCUGGUCAUCAGCACCGUCUGCAGGAGCUUUGCAGGCUACCUCUACGCAUGGAAUUUCGUCAAGGAAAACUGGGAAAAGAUCACUCAAAAGUUUCCUAUUGGGUCUUUUGCCAUUCAAAAUAUUAUUGUGUCAACAACCUCCCAGUUUUCUACCAAGCUUCAACUUCAAGAGCUUCAGAACUUCUUCAGCUCACUCAAAGACAAAGGCUCACAGAUGAGAAGUGUGGAGGAGGCGGCCGAGACAAUCAAGCUCAACAUCCAGUGGAUGGACAAAAACCUGGAUACACUCCGAAACUGGCUGUAGAGGCUGCCCAUGUACCCCCCACCACACCUCCCAUCUGCACCUCCUCCUCCCUCCACUCCUCUGAACCUCCAGGUGGCACUGCCCCCAACCCCACCCCCCACCACCACACACCACCACAGCUACGCCACCGUUUGCACUAGUAGGAGUUCCAAGCUUGCUCAGGGCUACCCGUUUUUGAUUGUAUGUCUUGAGACACAUACAGGAAAGAAGUUGGGAGUUUUGUACAAUUUUUUUUUUCUCUCUAAGUGUUCUCUUAUUUGGCUACUCGCCAAACAUGCAUCUUUUGAAAAAAAAAAAACGUUUAUGCCUUUCGGGAGCAACCGGACACAAAAACGAACCACACAACUGAGAAGCUAAACCGCUAAUCUUACUGUGGAUACUACUGCCAGUGACGGUCAGGAGUGUCCUCUUAAACACGCUCCCUAUGUGGGAAUGGGUCUGAAUAUAACACUUUGUUGUUGAUGUCUCCAGGCCUCACUGCCUUUUUGACUCGGGCUUGUCGUAUCCGAAAGAGUUUUACUUUUGAGCCAUGAGCAGAUUCCUUGCACACGUUUGAGGUCUUACAGCUCUUCUGCCGCUGUUACAAUGUAUAUAUACUUUUUGCCUUAGCAAGCUCUCCAUCUGUUGCAUGCUAUGUAUUUCCAAAGUUUGCAUUAUGAAAACGAUGCUUUUCCCUUCCUCUCUUUUGUAUAUAUGGUUUGAGAAGCUGUGAGAGUGUUGAUGUCCAGUUGGUCAGGGACGAUUCGCACACAGUGCUUUGAGUUUGUCAUGGGACACAAUAAUGGCAAAACGGCAACAGGGAAUGCACUUUGUUUUUAUUUUGACCAUUGCUGAUGUGGGAGAUUACGAGAAAUUUAUAAAAUGUAUAAAACUUUUAUAUUUACUUUCAUUUCCUGCAUUGAACAGUUUUAGUCUUGCAAGUAUGAAUGCAGCCCACUGGUUCUUGUUGUCCUGAGUUAUUUUUUGAUUCCCAAAUUUAGAUGAUGUCAACUAGACUGCCAGCCUAUUCCUUCCUUUGUGAAUCAGGUGGGUAAGAGCUGUAUGGCUUCAUUCUCCUAACAAAACAAUGCCAUAGGGCUCUUGUUGUAGGAGGUUUACCAGUUACUCUGAGUUAACUUACCCAGAUUUGUUACUAAACCAUGUACUUGGAAUACCCCCCUGGAUUGGAUAUCCAAAUAAGAAGGGCUCCGAGGCACACCUUCCGUGUUCAGUGUUUUCACUGAGAUGCAUUCACUUGGCCCAUCCUUUACAUCAUAUACAUAACCAGAUUAAUCUGUUUCAUGAAGUUCUUGUCCAUAUACAGUAGUUUAUACAGUAUACAUGAGAAGAUCUAAGUAUUAAUGACUGAUCCUAAAAUCAUGAAUUGUCACUGAAAGUAUAUUUGGCUUUGUCUAUGGUGAUUCACGAUAAUAGGAUUUUACAUAAUGCUGCCAUAAAAGUCAACACUGCUUAUUCACUGUGCAAUUUAGAGACCUAAUUUUAUUAAAUGCUUACCAAAAAUAUAUAUUUUUCAAUAGUAAGGUUUGUUUCUGUCCAUAUGUGCACAUUAUGAAUAUAAACAACCUGACAUACUUUCUCAUACAUUCUAGGAAAUGGUGUAGAGGAUUAGCUUCAGCCAGUUAGCAUCCCAAUUAGUGAAAGUGAGGAAGUACCCCGCCCCCCAUUCAAAUCACCCAAAAAUAUCCUUUAAAAAUGGUGUCUCAGUUCUGACCACACCUUCACAAAGUCAAUAGGAGCCACAUUAUUGGUGGACACAGAAGUAUGUUGUCUGUGUGGAUUGGUGGAUGAACUGCCAAUUUCCUGCUAGGAGGAUCAGCCAGUCCACAUGGAGCGAAGUGAGCGCAUGAUGGACGCCAUUUUUAAAGAUCGCACCUACUCAAUGAGUGAUUUAGACCAUAUGUCUGUAUUUCCAGUUAAAGGAGAAGAGAAACUUCUAGAAAAAAGGCACUCCCUUUUUGCUUUUAUAUGCUUUACCAUGUAUAGACUUGUAUCAAACAGUACUUGAAGAACCAGGAGUUCAGAAGGUAUCCUUUCUUGAUUGUAUGUGUUAUACGAGGGGUUCGGUGGGGCUUGAACGGUGAAGUUCUCAGUUAAGCCAGGUCGGCCUAAGCAGGUAAACUCCGCCAUAAUGGACCAGUGCUGGAGAGAGGGACCCGAAGGAGACCUUGUAGACCUUGAGUCUUUUAGCUGAUCGAGGAGCAGCACGCUGGUCUCUACCGGAGGGGAGUGUUACCCUCUCCGGAAACAUAGUGGGAGAGCAUGUGGGUGAUUUCUGAGGGAGUUUGUGAAGGCUGUCAUUCCUGGUACUUUUCUGUAAUAGGGUGUAAAUCAAGUGGGUGUGGCAAUGUUCAGCCAACGAAUUGAGUAGACCUUGACCACACCCUCCCACCCUAGUGAGAUUAUUCUUGUUUUCUAUUGUACAUACAACAUCAUAUGUUUUCAUACAGAAGUGAAUUUUUUAAUUUGAUUUAAAAGUAAAUCAUUUAUGUAUUUUGCGUGAUUCAGUUAUUUAUCUGCUAAAAGCUUGAUCUUUGAUUUCUUGUUGCCUGUGGGAUAUGUUAAUUUUGUCAUAAAUGGCGCACUUGGAAGGUUACCGAUUUAUUAACUUAAAAAGUCAAGAACAUUGUCUACUAUUGAUGGAUGUGGAUUAUGCAAUGCAGAAUCUUGUCUGAAUGUCAAGAAUGAACAAAAGAAUGGUAGCAUUGGAGAAUUGAGGCUCAAGUCUUGCUUUUUAAAAAUGGCAAGUUCUACCACCAACAAAUUGUACCACUACUUCUGUGCUUGCGAUGUUGGCCAUUUCAUUUAAAGUGAAGUGAAACCUGUGCUGUCUCAUUAUGCUAUAAUAUAUAAUUAAAGACAUUUUCUAAACUCAGUA